AGCUUUUACCAAGGGUAGAAACAAAACGGCAAACAAUGUCUCUUCCAGAAAACUACACUCUUACCAUCCUUGGUGCUGGUGUUAUGGGAUCUGCUGUUCUAUCAGCGAUCUUGAAAUCCAAGCCAUCACCUUUUCCAAGCCACAUCUACUGUUGUACAGGAUCGUCCAAAUCUGCAGAUCGCUUACAAUCGACAUAUGGCGAUGCGAUCUCAACAUCAUACGGCACAAAUAAUGCUGAAGCUGUGAGAAAGGCGGACGUCAUCAUCCUAGGAUGUAAACCUUUCCUGUGUCAAGCGGUCAUCGAUAGUGUUAAAGAUGCUUUGAAUGACAAACAGAUAGUCAUUUCAUUGCUUGCUGGAUGGACAAUCGAUCAAUUGAGUUCUGCUAUGGGUAAUCCUAAUAUUGCUCGUGUUAUGACAAACACACCGGCCAAAUAUGGCUGUGGUACGGCAAUCGUCUCGUUUGCGCCAGUCCUACAAGGUUCAGAGUCUGUAGCUGUUAGAGACGCAGUGAUGGCUCUGGUUGACACUGUGGGCAUGGCUCUCGAGUUGCCGGAAAAGAACAUGGAUGCUGCCACAUCCUUAGUUGGUUCUGGUCCAGCAUUUGUUUUGCUAAUGAUGCAAGCACUUGCUGAAGGUGGUGUCCGUAUGGGCAUACCCUACGAAGUUGCCAAGAAAUGUGCCGCCAAGGUUAUGGAAGGUACAGCCAAGAUGGUUCAAGAGAGCGGUGAGCAUCCUGAAGCUUUGAAGAGCAUGGUUUGUACGCCUGGUGGAACCACAAUUGGUGGCCUCAUGGUGCUCGAAGAUAAGGGUGUGAGAGGUGCUAUCUCCAGAUCUGUCGAAGAAGCAGCAGAUAUUGCUGCUAAGUUGGGCAAGAAAUGAUCAGCUAACCGUUUUGGCCUGUUCGUUUAGUCUAUACCUAUAUACAAUUAUUUAUAAAAACUUCUUUCCUAGGAGUGAUAAUUAUGAGAUAAAAUGGACGCAGUUAAAAUCUAGCAAUCAAUUUGCAAUAAUUGUUUUAUCAACAUACGUUGUCGAUUUUUCAAGUAAAAAA